GAUUUCUAUAAUCUCCUUGGUCAGCUGUCGGGUUGUGAAACCUUGCACUAUUUCUCGGGGUGUGUGAUUUAUUUUUCUUCCUCUGUUUGACCUUUUAUAGUUUCCGUAGCUGUGACGUCAUUGGGGCUUUGAGUCACGUUCACGGUUGUUUCACCGGCGCGCGACUUGGACAGCAGCCAGCUGAGGUUGCUCUGAAGUUGAACCGUCACUGGAAACAAACAUGAACACGUUGGGGACCAAAGUAGACCUCAAAUGGAUCAGUUUCACCUUGAGACAACCUUGGAUAACCUCUAUGGCAGCUUCCAAGGUCCAGCUCUCCACCCUUCCUCCAGAACCUGUCAUCCCCUCUAAGAAGCCUUUCAAAGUGGAGCUGGUCGGUGGAAAGCGUUACGCAUGGUGCACCUGUGGACACAGCAAGAAACAGCCUUUCUGCGACGGAGCCCACAAAACCAAAGCCCAAGGCCUGUCCCCGCUACGCUUUGUCCCAGAGAAAGACGCCACGGCUUGGUUGUGUGGUUGCAAGUACACAAACAAUCCACCUUACUGUGACGGCACGCACAAGCAGGACUUUGUCGUAUCUGCCCCGCUACAUGAGCAAACCGAUUCUUGAAAAGGAAUGCAGAGAGGUCUUUGAACUCAACAUUCAUGUUGCUGUUGCAUGCACAUUUUUGCACUCAGUGAAAGCAGCACAUGUAAACUGACCAUUUCAAGUGUCUCAUUCUUGUCUCUUAUCAGUAUUUCUCUGUGCUUGACAGAGAAGAGAGUGGCUAUGAAAAGCCCUUGCUUUCUGUCGUUUAUCAGGGAAACAGGGUUGAAUGAUAUGAUAUCCCGUCUGAGGGUGGAGAUUUUACCACCACACUGUCCCUAGAAAAGGAUGUUAAAGAUGGGAUAUAACAGUAUUAUCUUCAAUACUAAAGAUCUAGAGAAUGGUUUUACAGGAGAAUAUUGUCUGUGUAUAGGUCUUGGACUGUGAAGUGUAUGAAGGGAGGAUGUAAUAGUGCAGUCUCCUACAGCUCACUCCGUAAAGUAGCAUAUCUGUGAGGGACAUGAAUCCUCCUCUCCACAUAUAAAAUGCCACAUUAUUUUUUAACUUUUGCGGAUGUAUUUAUGCUUUUGACAGAAACUUGAUGAGUUAUCUUAACACUGUGCUGUAGCUCACUGUAGGAAACUGCACUGAAAAAGAGCUGUUGACAUUACAUUAUGUACCUGUAAUUAUUAAACUGAUUAAAGUUUUAAUCUGUAA